AUGUCUGACGGACAGUGGACUUCUUUAUCCUACACACUCAACACCGGCGACAAGAUCCCAGCCGUCGGUUUGGGAACCUGGCAAUCCAAGCCAGGUGAAGUCAGAAAUGCUGUUGCCGCCGCCUUGAGGGCCGGCUACAGACACAUCGACACUGCUCUCGCCUACGGCAACGAGCGAGAAGUCGGUUUGGGAAUCAAGGACUCCGGCGUUCCACGUGAGGAGAUCUGGAUCACCACCAAGCUCGAUAACACAUGGCACAAGCACGUUAAGGAGGGUCUCGCCUCCAGCUUGAACAGCUUGGGUGUCGAAUAUAUCGACCUCUACCUUAUGCACUGGCCAUGCUCCACCGCCCCAUCUGAGGAGGGCAACCCAGCUUCUGCUCCCGCCGACCCUCCCGUCGCUUACACCGAUGUCGACUACCUUGAUGCCUGGGCUGAAUUGGAGAAGCUUCCAAAGUCCCAGGUCAGGAACGUUGGUGUUUCCAACUUUGAUAUCACACAGCUCAACAGGCUGCUAAGGCACGCCAAGGUCACCCCAGCCGUUAACCAGGUCGAACUCCACCCAAACAACCCCACUCACAGCCUCACCAAGUUCUGCGCUGAGAAGGGUAUCCACGUUACCGGAUACUCCAUCCUCGGCUCCACCAACUCUCCUCUCGUCAAGGACCAAACCCUCGCUGGCAUCGCCCAGAAGCACGGCAGGUCCAUCCAGCAAGUUCUCCUCGCCUGGGGUCUCCAACAUGGAUACUCCGUUAUCCCCAAGUCUGUCACCGAAUCCCGCAUUGUCUCCAACUUCCAGGUUGACGGCCUCGUCCUCACUGAGGACGACUUGAAGGCCCUUGACACCCUCAAGGACCGCUUCAAGGUUUGCGGUGACGACUGGCUCCCACACAAGAUCUUCCUCGACCGCGCAGAGUAG